GGGCGGGUUCCCAUCGCAACGACAGUUGCCGAGUGCUUGUUUUGGCAGUUGGGACGUCCAGGCGGUCGCGGCGUGUUGUCGGGGGCCACUCGGGGCCAAUUUUCAAGACACCUUUGGCUUGGACGUCUCGUCCCACCGCGCGGCUCCGGACCUUGAGUGAUUAUUACAAUGGAAGAAACCAAUAAUUUCAAGACACCAAGCAGAUUAUCUGAAAAAAAGAAAUCUGCAUUGUGUUUAACUCCAUGCAUAAAUAUUCCUGCCUCUCCGUUUAUGCAGAAGCUUGGCUUUGGUACUGGGGUAAAUGUCUACCUCAUGAAAAGCCAGUCUUCCAUCUUCAGAAGCUGGGGUAUACAGGAUGGGCAACUGCCUGCUGAUACAGAAUUGAGGAUCGUAUCUAGGAAUGCACCUGCUUUUAAAACAACUUUCAAGAAGUUCAUUGGGCCUGUUAAAUCUCCAAGAGGUUUGUCUCAUUCUCCUUGGGCUGUGAAAAAGAUUAAUCCUAGAUGUAAUGAUGAUUAUCAGAGUAUGUAUCAAAAGAGACUAACUGAUGAAGCUAAGAUUUUGAAAAGCCUUAAUCAUCCAAACAUUAUAGGUUACCGUGCUUUCACUAAAGCUAGCGAUGGUAGUCUAUGUCUUGCUAUGGAAUACGGAGGUGAAAAGUCUCUGAAUGACUUAAUAGAAGAACGAAAUAGAGAUAGCCGAGAUCCUUUUCCAGCAGCCAUAAUUUUAAAAGUUGCUUUGAAUAUGGCAAGAGGGUUAAAGUAUUUGCACCAAGACAAGAAACUGCUUCAUGGAGAUAUAAAGUCUUCAAAUGUUGUGAUUAAAGGUGAUUUUGAAACAAUUAAAAUCUGUGAUGUAGGAGUCUCUCUACCAUUGGAUGAAAAUAUGACUGUGACUGACCCUGAGGCCUGUUAUAUUGGCACUGAGCCUUGGAAACCUAAGGAAGCUCUGGAGGAGAAUGGUAUUAUUACCGACAAGGCAGACAUAUUUGCCUUUGGCCUUACUCUGUGGGAAAUGCUGACUUUAUCUAUUCCACACAUUAGUCUUCCAGAUGAUGAGGAUGAUGAAGAUAAAACUUUUGAUGAAAGCGACUUUGAUGAUGAAGCAUACUAUGCAGCCUUGGGGACCAGGCCACCUGUUAAUAUGGAAGAACUGGGUGAACCGUACCAGAAAGUGAUUGAGCUCUUCUCUGUGUGCACUAAUGAAGAGCCCCAAGAUCGCCCUUCUGCCGCGCACAUAGUUGACGCUUUGGAAAUGGAUGUCCUGUGAUCACCUCCUGCUCAGGACUACCGGAGCUUCAAGUAUAGCUCGUGUGUAUAGCUGUUCUGCUUACCAUAUACAUUUAUAUAGUUAUUAGGAUGACCCAUCAUUAUUAGACUUCGC